ACCCCCUCCCUCUCGCGGCCGGAGAAUGCGCGCGACGGCGAGGGAUGGGCCUUCUCGCCACCCGUAGCUGCUGCGCUGGGCGGAACCUCAGAGGCGGGCCGGGCGGCGGCGAGGAGAUGGCCGAUUACUGGAAAUCGCAGCCCAAGAAAUUCUGUGAUUACUGCAAGUGCUGGAUAGCAGACAACAAGCCUAGUAUUGAAUUCCAUGAAAGAGGAAAGAAUCAUAAAGAAAAUGUGGCUAAGAAAAUUAGUGAGAUUAAAAAGAAAAGUUUGGAGAAAGCAAAGCAAGAGGAAAAAAUGUCAAAGGAAUUUGCGGCCAUGGAGGAAGCGGCAAUGAAGGCCUACCAGGAGGAUUUGAAAAGGCUGGGAACUCCAACAGCUGUUGUUUCAGUCCCCCUGAAAAAGGAAGAAAAGCGAGAAAAGAAGGAAAAGAAGAAAAAAGAGAGAAAGGCCACAGAGCCAUCAUCAGUUGAAACCAAGGAAUGGGUGCGUGGAUUUUCUUCAGAAGGCUACAUGUAUUACUAUAACACCAGAUCAGGAGAAUCACAGUGGGAGAAACCAGAAGGAUUUGAAGUUGAUCCACAGGAAUCCCAAAUGCCAGGGCAGUGGGUGGAAGGAGUCAGUGAAGAUGGUCAGACCUAUUACUACAACACAGAAACGGGAGUAUCAUCCUGGGAGAAGCCUGAUGGUUUUGUGUCUUCUUCAAAUGAAAGCUGUCAAGAGAAAAGCUGUUCUGGAGAGGACGGAGGAGGAAAGUCAGAGGGAACUGAGUCAGAUUCUGGAAAGGGGGCCAGUCUGAUGGAACAGCAGAAAAUCCAGAAGAAAACAGAAAGCGAUGGAGGCGGGGGGAAAAAGCCUCGCAGGCCGAGAAAGAUCAGCCCGUAUGGAGAAUGGCAGGCAGUGAAACCAGGAAGCAUUGAUCCUGAGGACAGAGCACCACCAGCUCCACACAAAACGUCCCGGGCAGCCUCUGCUACAGCCAAGCCGUACGGCGAGUGGGCGGAAAUCACCGCAGAGGAAGACCCCUAUGAAAAAGUAGACUUGGAGCUUCCUAGUACAGAAAAUGAUUCUCUGCCAGCUCCAAUUCUGGAGGUCCCAGAAGAUGCCAAAGUGAUAUUUAAGGAAAAAACUGUCACUUCCCUCAGCGACACAACGGCAGGGCUAACUGUUUUCAAAAAGCGGAAAUUCGAAAAUGGAAAAUCUAGAAACAUUCGACAAAGACUGGAGGAUCACUGAUAGUUCUGCUGCGGUGCCUGGAUUCUCUUUUGUGGAAGCAAGAAGAGGAGAUAUUUUAAAACAUUUCUUUACAGAACAUGGUUAGAAAUUCAAAUAAGCCUCGUUUUUCCCCCAUGAUACUAUUUUGUUUCUAUAAAGAAAUGUGUUUCAUUCAUGCAGCUGUGUAAAUACAUGUAUAUAUUUUACAUCCCA